AUGGAGUUGGUGGAUCUUCCAACAAUUGGAGGUAAGUUUACUUGGUUCAAAAGCAACGGGAAGGCUAUGAGUAGGCUCGAUAGAUUUUUAUUAUCGGAGUGCUUCAUAGACGACAUUAAGGUGGAAGCUCAAUAUAUAGGAGAGAGGGAUGUGUCGGAUCAUGCUCCGAUUUGGUUGAAAAACAAUAGAAAGGAUUGGGGUCCUAAGCCUUUUAAGUUUAACAACUUAUGGCUAAAUCAUGAGGAGUUCGAUAAUUUUGUCGAAGAGGAGUGGAAUAAACUAGUAGUUAAAGGGAGAGGGGACUAUUGCUUGGUUGAAAAGUUGAAAAUCCUUAAAAGUCGGAUCUCUUGGUGGAAUAAAACGGUUUAUGGUUGGAUUGACCUCAGGAUUGACAAAGACGUGAAAGAGAUGCAUUCUUUAGAUAACUUGUUUGUUCAUUUUGCAGGUAACGCUCCGGAAGAGGUGGUUGAGAAAAGGUUGAAAGUAGUGGAGGAUUUUUGGUCUAACCUAAACAAAAAAGAAGGGCUCCUUAGAUUAAAGUCGAGACAACUUUGGCUCACCGAGGGGGACGAUAACACACGUUUUUUUCAUAAUUCCUUAAAGGAUAGAAGAAGAAGGAAUUCUUUAUGUACCAUGGAGACUAGGGGUGGUAGAGUAGAAGAGGUUAAGGAUAUUAAAGAUUAUACUUUCAAGCACUUUGAAGGAUUUUUUAAAGAAGAGGUUUGUACUAGACCGGAACCGCAUGGAAUUGACUUGAAAGUGCUACCUCUAGGGAAUUCUUUGGAACUUGAAAAACCAUUUUCCGAGGAAGAGGUCAAGGAUGCUAUUUGGUAG